ACGACUCGAAAAUAUGUCGCCCAUUUUUUUAAUUUGACUUCGGUGCCCCAUGACAGUCUGCAACUCCUGUAAGUGAAGAGAAGAGAGCAAAAAUGGCACAACCUCCCCCCGUCGAGACUGUGUUCUCACUGCGCGCCAAGUACGACACUUCAACGUUCGAUUACUGUUGUUCUCCUGGCGAGAUCAACCUCGACCGAUACAUCAAGGUCCCAGUGGUGCACGAGCGUCGUCGCUUCACCGACAUCAUGGACGAGGAAAUUGACGACGAGCGACGCAAAACCAUUGUAGACCGCUACACUGCUGGCUUCGUACGUCAGGGCGCUGCCACCUGCAGCCUCGACCUACCGCGCCGCGUUGCCAACGAGGUGCGUAGUCGCCCACUUUCUGCUGCCGUCCUCGGAUCCACGGCGCCCACCGAGGACGGCGUGGCGCCCUUCCUGAGGGAGAAGCCGUCCACCUGCUGCGUGGGCGCCGGAAAACCCGUCCAGCUGACGGUGGUCGUCACGGGCAAGCCGACCCCCGUCGUCCAGUGGUUCAGGUGA